AUGGUACGGCUACCAUUGCCACAACGUCUCAGCUCCCAUCUCAGCACAAGGAGCAAUGCUUCCACUCCCGGUCAGAGUAGAAGCACGAGUCCCAUGAGGUCUCCGGAACUCCGGCCUCUGGCUCUCAAAGUAUCUGUUUUGCGGGGGAGAAAUCUUGCCGCAAAGGACCGAGGAGGAACCAGCGAUCCUUAUUUAAUAGUUACACUCGGAGACUCCAGGCAAUCAACGCCUACGAUAUUCAAGACAUUGAAUCCGGAAUGGAACGUCACCUUUGAAAUGCCGGUCCUCGGCGUCCCGCUGCUUGAAUGCAUUUGCUGGGACCACGACAGAUUCGGCAAGGAUUACCUAGGCGAGUUUGACAUUGCACUCGAAGACAUAUUUGCCGAUGGAGAAAUACAGCAGCAGCCAAAAUGGUACACCCUCAAGUCGAAUCGGAAAUCCGGGAAGAGAAAAGACAGCAACGUAUCGGGCGAAAUCCUUCUGCAGUUCUCCCUGUCUGACCCCGCGAACCCGACCGCGUCACCGACGGAAAUAUACCAGCGAUUCAAGACCUUGGUCUGCGCCGGAGAAGAAGAUGACUACUUCCCUUCGGUUUCCUCGUCCACAAUAUUAGAAGAAUCUGGUGAUGGAAUUGAAGAAGAAACGUCCGAUGAGACAGACGAUCCUACAAAGCCGGAGGUGGUAGAGAAGCGCAGAAGGAGACUACGACUUAAGCGAUUGAAACGCAAGUCAUUGGCGCAGAGGGCAUAUCAGUUCUCUGGUGUUGGAAAUGGCGUGCAGGGUAUCGUGUUCAUGGAGAUUGUCAAGGUCACCGAUCUCCCACCGGAGCGAAACGUGACUCGCACCUCCUUCGACAUGGAUCCAUUCGUAGUGACUUCGCUUGGUCGCAAGACCCUCCGUACACCGGUCAUACGCCACAACCUGAAUCCUAUAUACAACGAGAAGAUGGUUUUCCAAGUGAUGAAACAUGAACAGUUAUACACAAUGAGUUUCACUGUCAUGGACAGGGACAAAUUCUCGGGGAAUGACUUUGUGGCUUCUGCUGGCUUUCCCCUCCAGACCCUCAUUCAGGCUGCUCCUGAUGCCGAUCCAGAGACAGGCCUGUAUAGAUUCCUGGAGGAUGAAACCCAACCACCAGCCAAGAAUGUCAAGCUUAGUCCAUCCCCAUCGGCGUCCAACUUAUCCAAACAAGCUAGGCCGUCGCCCAGGUCGAGAAGCUCCACCACAUCCCUCUCGGGGCUGUCACUACAGGAACCCCAAGCGGCAGUACCAUCGCUAGUUGUUCCAGAUGAGAGUACAAACAGCAGCUCCUCAGAUGUUUCGACUGCCGCCAGUCCCACAAAACCGGUUUCCUAUGAAUCAGAUGGUUUCCAGGUCUACAAGAUCCCAUUGACCCUGAAGAACAAGGAAAGGUGGGAGGACAAACACUUUCCCAACAUCGUUGUCAAAGCGAAAUAUAUGCCUUACCGUGCACUACGCCAACAGUUCUGGAGGCUCAUGCUGAGACAAUAUGAUGCUGAUGACAGUGGUAAUAUCGACAAGGUCGAGUUGACAACAAUGCUUGACACGCUCGGGUCGACCCUAAAGGAGUCGACUAUCGACAGCUUUUUCGAACGAUUCCGUGAAGAGAAUGGACCAGCAGAUCCCAUGUUCCUCACGUUUGAUCAGGUUGUAUGGUGUCUUGAGGAGACCCUCCAAUCAUUGCAAAAAGAUCCAAGGGCACUAGGCAAGAAGCUUAGCCCGGCUGGAUCGACUGCUAGCCAGGAAAGCGAUAGCGACGAACUUGGUAUCGAAACCAGCACAACUCCAGCUAUUAACGCAAAUCCGCAGGUGACGUCGGUCCCGACAAUGUCUCCCGCAGAUCAGCUGAGUACAGUCGACGAGGAGCUUCAUCCAGACGACCUCGGCGAUGAGCGUGGCGAAGAGCAUGUUAUCGAGCUUCGAGAAUGCCCUCUAUGUCACCAACCGCGGCUCGCUAAACGGUCUGACGCCGAUAUUAUUACACAUAUCGCCACUUGCGCGAGUCAGGAUUGGCGUCAGGUAGAUAACCUAGUCAUGGGUGGUUUCGUGACCUCAAGCCAGGCGCAACGCAAAUGGUAUAGCAAAGUUAUCACGAAGAUUUCCUACGGUGGGUACAAGCUAGGUGCGAACUCGGCCAAUAUCCUCGUCCAGGAUCGUAUCACUGGGCAAAUCAAUGAAGAGCGAAUGAGUGUCUACGUUCGUCUCGGUAUCCGACUUUUGUACAAGGGUCUCAAAAGCCGAGAUAUGGAGAAGAAGAGAAUUCGCAAAAUCUUGAAGUCCCUAAGUAUCAAGCAGGGCAAAAAGUACGAUGAUCCCGCCUCUGCAAGUCAGAUUCGAGACUUUAUCAACUUCCACCAACUUGACAUGUCGGAGGUCUUGCUGCCUCUCGAUCAAUUCAAGAAUUUCAACGAGUUCUUCUAUCGUGCGCUGAAGCCGAAUGCCCGCCCUUGCUCUGCUCCAAAUGAUCCCAGGAUUGUUGUUUCACCCGCCGAUUGUCGCGCAGUGGUAUUUGACAAGAUCAGCGAAGCAACUGCGAUCUGGGUCAAAGGAAGAGAAUUCUCUAUCAAGAGGCUUCUUGGUGAUGCCUACCCUGAGGACGUUGCACGCUACCAGAACGGAGCGCUGGGUGUUUUCAGGCUUGCCCCUCAAGACUACCAUCGGUUCCAUAUCCCUGUCGACGGCGUGAUGGACACUCCGAAGACCAUCGAAGGCGAGUACUACACAGUGAAUCCAAUGGCCAUUCGGUCUGCGCUCGAUGUGUAUGGAGAAAACGUGAGGGUUCUCGUACCAAUCGACUCAGUCGCCCAUGGACGAGUGAUGGUGAUCUGUGUUGGUGCCAUGAUGGUUGGAAGCACCGUCAUCACCCGGCAGGCUGGAGAGAAGGUGUCAAGAGCCGAGGAGCUCGGAUACUUCAAAUUCGGCGGCAGUACAUUGAUUCUGCUAUUCGAAGAAGGAAAGAUCAAAUUCGACAGCGAUCUCGUGGAAAAUUCAAGGGGAGCUCUAGAAACUCUGGUUCGAGUAGGUAUGUCUGUGGGCCACCACCCUGACGUCCCUCAGUUCGAGCCGGAUCUGCCCAAAAAGCCCGAGGAUGUCAGUCUCGAAGAGAUGCAGGCCGCCAAGCGCAGAAUCGAGGGCAGCUUAGCUCCGCCAACCCACGCCUCCGCUAUACAGUAG